AGCUGCCGCCGGCGCCACCACCGUCCACAUCAUCCCAAAUUCACAAUCCUUCUCCGCCGCUGAGCAGAAGUGAUAGAGGUUCUCUAAUUUGUGGAGCUAAUAGUUGAGAUUGGAAUAGAGCUAGAAAAUAUCCAUUUACGGAUGAAGAGCACACCUGUUGGUGCUUCUCCCCAGGCUCCUCACACUGCCCCCGCCGGUUCGCCUGUCGCCGGAUAGUGAUGUCACUCCUUCCGGAAACUUUGCCGCCGGAUUCGACGGAGUCUUCGUCGCCGUUCAACGCUGUCUUCCGUCUCCUCUGCUACCCCGCUGAUGGCCAUAGUGUUGCUGCUUGCGGUUCUAGUGCAUUAGUGCGCCGCCGCCUAAGAUCCAAUCGUCUGAUUGGGGUCUCAGAUCUGGCCUUUGAUCUGAUUGCGGACCGUCGUGUUUCCUUCUUCUCCAUCCCGGUUCCUUCAGAAAUUAGUGAAGGAAGCCACUGAGAAACCCAAUCCUUCAUUUCUCUCCCACAUUUUCUCCCGGUGCUACACUGCUAGUUGGGAAUUAUGGGAUAUUAUCGUAAACCGUCACACAACUUAUCACUUGUUAUAAAAACAGUUAUAAGUU